GUUUGGUGGGGGUUUGGCCCGAUUUGGUGGCAUUUUGGCCGGUUUUGGCCCGACUUGGUGGGGUUUUGGCCCAAUUUGAUGGGUUUUUGACCCAAUUUGAUGGGUUUUUGUCCUGAAGGCCGAGGCGGGGAGAUGCUCUGCACGGCGGUGGUGAUGGCGGGGAGCCUGGCGCUGACGACGGCGGUGGUGGCUCACGCUUAUUACCUCAAGCACCAAUUCUAUCCCACUGUGGUUUAUCUCACCAAAUCCAGCCCCAGCAUGGCCGUUCUCUACAUCCAGGCUUUCGUGUUGGUUUUUCUCCUGGGGAAAUUUAUGGGCAAGGUGUUUUUCGGGCAACUGCGGGCGGCGGAGAUGGAGCACCUCCUGGAGCGCUCAUGGUACGCCGUCACCGAGACCUGCCUGGCCUUCACCGUCUUCAGGGACGACUUCAGCCCUCGCUUCGUCGCCCUCUUCACCCUCCUCCUCUUCCUCAAGUGCUUCCACUGGUUGGCCGAAGACCGGGUGGACUUUAUGGAAAGGAGCCCCAACAUCUCCUGGCUCUUCCACUUCCGUAUUGUCUCCCUGAUGUUCCUCCUGGGAAUCCUGGAUUUCCUCUUCGUUAACCACGCCUAUCACAGCAUCCUCACGCGAGGAGCCUCCGUCCAGCUCGUUUUCGGCUUCGAGUACGCCAUCCUCAUGACCAUGGUCCUCACCAUCUUCAUCAAAUACGUCCUGCACUCCAUCGACCUGCAGAACGAGAACCCCUGGGACAGCAAAGCCGUCUACAUGCUCUACACGGAGCUCUUCACAGGCUUCAUCAAAGUCCUCCUCUACAUGGCCUUCAUGACCAUCAUGAUCAAAGUCCACACCUUCCCGCUCUUUGCCAUCCGCCCCAUGUACCUGGCCAUGAGGCAGUUCAAGAAAGCGGUGACGGACGCCAUCAUGUCCCGCCGGGCCAUUCGCAACAUGAACACGCUCUACCCCGACGCCACGCCGGAAGAGCUCCAGGCCAUGGACAACGUCUGCAUCAUCUGCCGCGAGGAGAUGGUGACGGGCGCCAAACGGCUGCCGUGUAACCACAUCUUCCACACCAGCUGCCUGCGGUCGUGGUUCCAGCGCCAGCAGACGUGUCCCACCUGUCGCAUGGACGUUCUCCGGGCUUCCCUCCCAACACAACCUCCUCCUGACCCACCAGAGCCAGCCCCACAGCCCCCCCAGACCCCCCAGGUCCCUCAGCCCCCCAACUUUCCCCAGGGGAUCCUCCCCCCAUUCCCACCAGGAAUGUUUCCCUUCUGGCCACCGGUCGGUCCCUUCCCACCAGUUCCCGGUGUCCAACCCCCCAACGGCGCCGAAAACGCCGCAUCGAGCUCCGGCGCCGCGUCGGCCCCCAGACCCGGUGACGCCGCCAACGCCGGAUCGGAAGCGGCGGCGGGGACGGUGCCGGCGUUUCCCUUCCCCCCUCCCUGGAUGGGGAUGCCGUGGCCACCUCUUUUCGGUUUCCCCCCGAUGCCGGUGCCGCCGGCGGGUUUUGCCGGAUUAACGGAGGAAGAGCUUCGGGCCAUGGAAGGGCACGAACGGCAGAACCUGGAAGCGCGGUUACAGUGUCUGCAGAACAUCCACACCCUCCUGGACGCUGCCAUGGUCCAGAUCAACCAGUACCUGACCGUCCUGGCCACCAUCGGGACACCCCGACCCACCGCUCCCCGACCCCCCACUGAGGAACCCACCCCCCUGCGCCCCCCAAGUGGCCCCACGGCCUCCGGCUCCACCGCGGCCACCGACCCCCCCGCGCCGGGGGGCGCCGAAGGCUUGGCCCAGGAGGAGGAAGAGGAGGAGGAAGACGACGGCGGCGCCGAAGGCUCCUCUUCGCUGGACGAACCCGACACGGCCGAGCUUCGGCGCCGACGGCUCCAGAAACUGGCGGCGCCUCCCUCGGACUCAGUCAACCAGUACCUGAUGGUCCUGGCCACCACUGGGACACCCCGACCCACCGCUCCCCGACCCCCCACUGAGGAACCCACCCCCCUGCGCCCCCCAAGUGGCCCCACGGCCUCCGGCUCCACCGCGGCCACCGACCCCCCCGCGCCGGGGGGCGCCGAAGGCUUGGCCCAGGAGGAGGAAGAGGAGGAGGAAGACGACGGCGGCGCCGAAGGCUCCUCUUCGCUGGACGAACCCGACACGGCCGAGCUUCGGCGCCGACGGCUCCAGAAACUGGCGGCGCCUCCCUCGGACUCACAAUGACAUCACCAACACCAUUUUGGGGCCGUUUGGGGUGUUUUUUGGACCCUCGGGCACCACCAGCCGGAUGGAUUUAUUAUUUUUUUUUCCUGCCUUUUUCCCCCUUAUUUUCCACCAAAAAAAACCCUUCUGGAAGCAAAAACCGGUCCCCGGCAGCGCCGCCAAAACAUUCCCAGCCCCUUUGCCGCGGCACCAUGGCAAAAAAAAUGAAUUUCUUGA